AUGGAUCAGCAAGAAACCGUUCGGCCUGGACUACUAGGAGUUCUUGAUGCUGCAAUCAAAUAUUUUGAUCCCUCUCAAUCCAAUAUUUCUGAAGAAGCAAAAGCCAAACUAUUAGAAGCAGAGAGAAGCUUGCAGCUUAUUUUAACAAAGCUCAGAGAUGAAAGAGAUAUUUUAAGAGAUAAAUUCAAAUCAUUAGAAGAAGCUAAAGCUAAAGCAGAACAUGAAUAUUUUAAAGUUAAAAUAAACUAUUUAAGACAAGAACAAGUAAAGCCUAAUUAGCUUGAACAAACUGCAGAAAACAAAAUUUUUAACCUUCAAGGUCAAAUUUUAAACAAAGAAAAAGGCAAAAUUUAAAUAGAGCUUGAUGGAAUUAUUUUCAAAAUAAAAUACUCAAAAAAUAAACUUGCAUCUGAAAUUGGGUCACAGUUGAAUUUUGAAGAAGAAUUAGAAGGCAGCCUCACAGAUAAGUUCUUAUCUCCUCCUGCCUCAAAUAAAUCUUCAAAAACUAAAGAAAAUUUGAUGAAAUAUGAGCUUAAAUUAGAUGAUGAUUUAAAAAAAGCUCGCAAACAAAUAGCAAAAAUGGAAGAGGAGCUAAAAAUGAAAAAUCAAAUGCUAGCUAAUAUGAACUCAAAAAUGAAUGUAGAAAUGUUUGAAAAGAAAAGAGUUAUGCUCGAAAAUAAACAAAUUUUUGCUGAAAAGCUGCAGAUGAUAAGAGGGCCUGCUAAUCCAAAUGAAAAAUUAGUGAGUUCUUCACUUAAAAGGACUCAUUCUGGGAAAGUGAAAUAUGACGAAUCUAAUUAA